CAGCAGCGUGACGUACUGAAGACUGUUAACGGGGAAGUGCUGAAGCUGAAGGCGUCUCUCUGCUGCUCAGACUGACGUUCAGUCGUCAUCCAGACAACAUGAAGACUGCAUCGGUCUCUCAGCUCCUCGGUGUGUGUGUGCUGCUGCUGUCUGCACUGACUGUUUCUGCAGUCUCUCUGACCGUCAGUCCAAACCUGCAGCAGUUCUUCACAGGAGCCUCAGUGUCUCUGACAUGUGAAGGUCAGCUGGGCUCAGAUGGAUGGACGGUGAAGAGGGACACAGGAAGUGGGACUGAGUCAUGUGGAGCGGGUGGGCGGGGCUUCGGGAGGACAAAUGGUUCAUCCUGUUUGUUUGAUAAGCAAACCAAGCCAGUCAGUGGAGUUUACUGGUGUGAAGGUGAAGCUGGAGAGAAAAGUGAAGAAGUCAACAUCACUGUAUCAGGUAAAGAAGUGAUCCUGGAGAUCCCUGCACUUCCUGUGAGGACAGGAAGUGAUGUCACUCUACGCUGUAAAAAGAAAACUGGUGGCACAGCCGCAGCUUAUUUCUACUGUAAUGGACGUCCUUUAAGACCUAAAUCAGAGAAAAACAUCACCAUUAAUGUGCAGCAGUCUGAUGAAGGUCUCUACUGGUGUGCUACUGAUGAGUUUGGAUCAUCUCCUCAGAGCUUUCUGAGGGUCAGAGAUGUCUAUGACACCACCACCAUUUCAGCAAGUGCCACCAAACCACCACUGCCAACAACAACAACAACAAUUACCAAUCUCAAUUCCCCUACAUCUUCCUCCUCCAUCAUCACACCUGCUCUAGGUUCUCUGGGUCUUCUGGAUCUUAUUCUGGUUGCAGCUUUGGUGUUUUGGAACAAAAAAAUAGAAAGGACGCUGUCAUCAAGCCUGAGUCAAGUCACCUAUCAGGAAAUGAUCUUCAGACAAUCAGCCAACAAGAUUACAGUUACACACUCAAAUGUUGUUUUCUCCAGUCUGAGGAUACUGCAGGUACAUCAGGGCUGAGUUAUUGAUGAAGUUUCCCAGAUCAAAUUUAAAGGAGGAUGGGAAGAAAAGGAUUUUCUCUCUCCCAGAAUGAGCAGCUGUCCAGUCUCGUCAGCUCCCUGCUAAGAUUUAGAGCUUGUCCUGUUUUUCGAUAUGAAGGCCCUGGUCAUCUGUUUUUCUUGCCAUUACUUAAUAGUUCAAUAAGGAAAUCAGUGUUAAACUAGUUAAAAAGUGUACAUUCUGGGUCCAAAUGUCCAGCUGCCUUCAACUUUGAUGUUUGUGUUGGCCAAACCUUCAAGCCUUCAGUUUAUUUCUUUGUUUAAAUAAAA